ACAAACAGCGACGGCUGUCAACUUUUCCAAUAGGAAUCAGUAUCUCUUUACUGUGCGAUGUCUUGUCGCCUUGGCAACCAGAAGGUGAAAAACGAAAAACAAAAUAAACGAGGCCUACUAGAUUUUAUAUUUUUAAUCAAAAGGAUCGAGUUUCUUGCAAAUUUCGGCGUGUUGUUAGCAAUAACUUAUCCGGAAAAAUCGAAUUUCGAUCGGGAGCUUUAUGAGGAACUGUGAUUUUAUCGCUCCAACGCAAGUUGUUUGCUAAUUAGUCGGUGCAAUAAUUUUCUCCGUGAUCCGUUUCGUUACCACAGCAAACAUUGGUUUUGUUCCAUUUGAUUGUGCAAUAUUGAAGUUUGUACCAAAGCUGAUUGAAAAUUACUAUUUUCAAUUUAAAGUGAAUUUCUUUUUGAGCUACUCGAACAAAGUUAUGUUACAAUUUGAAAAACUUUGUGUCAUUUGAGUACGAGUCGUAAGUGUGUUUACAUUAUACUGUAUGUUGCAGAAGGAGGUGUCCUUGUGGCAAAUCGGAUACCUAAAAAAGAACAAAUCCCACGGUUCCAUGGAGAUGUCCAUAAUUUUUGACAGAAGAAAGUCCUACCCGCUGGUCAGAUAUCAGAUCAACAUUCCUAUUUCAUCCACCAGUAAGCCUUAAGUAACCCCAGAGUUUCAUCUUACACCGUAUACCAAAUCAAACCAACAAAACCAUAUACCCCAAACCAUAUCACCUUAGUAACUGCACCGUACUAAAAAAUAAUCAAUACAGGGUUCCAAAAGUAAUAUCUUCUUGAAUCAUAUUGCAACAACGAAUUUUGACUAUAAGCUACGAUAAAACAAGAACGCAUCGCAUAAAAAAAUGGCCACCCGAUUAGCGACCCAACGAAACUUUAUUACAGUAACGCCAAUUGCCAGCGCACCAACAACGUUAGCACCAUCGGCAACCUCCCCGGUUCAAGUUUCCACUACCACCGCUGGAGGGUCACAAGAGCCAGACACCGCAUCCGACGUACUGGCUUCGUCACCAACUGCAGUCUCAAACACAGCAACAGCUGUCUCCAUUUCGCCUACUUCAGCUAUCGGGUCAAGUACGCUAAAGAAUGGUUCCGGCAAAAUGAUUGCAAUCGCUGCCGGUGCAACUGCGGCAGCCAAUCAACCGGCAGCCGCUCCGGUCAUACCCACUAGUCUAAUUGCCAGUAAUCUGAGUUUGGGUAAUCUUUUAGGUACACAUAAUGGAGCUUUGACGCUGCAACAGAUUAUCCAGCAGCUCAACUUGCAGAAAAAGAUCGUCAUACACCCGAACGGAACUGUAAUCGACAUUGUACCAAUUGAGGAUAACGAGUCGCCACCUGAGGAUACCAAAAUAGGCGUUCAACUGGCCUCUGCUGACAGUGAAUCGGCUGUGGCCACUACGAAUGGAUCCGGCCAACAGCAUGUUACAGCGCAAGUGGCCGUUGUUCAAGCCCAAAGCCCAACCGAUGGAGGCCCGCAGUACAUCACAGUGACGGCAGCCGGCGACCCGGAAGCGGAUGAUGACGACGUUCGCUCUUAUGCCUCACUGACAGCAGUCGAUGUUUCAUCACCGGAAAAUGUUCAAAACCCUCACACAUAUGUGCAAUAUGUCGAUUCGGACAUGUAUACCGCGAGCAACCAAAAUCAGACGCAAAUGGCCUACCCUGUAUAUGCCGUCGGGGACUACAGCACCGGAGGCAGCCAGCAAUACUACAGUGGAGCUAGCGGGGGAACCGGCGGGGGUGGUGGCAGUGUAGGUGGCAACACUGCUGCUACAGGAAAUGCCAAUUACAGUGCCUCUUCCGGUGGCAGCAGCUCACACUCAUCUGGAGCAAGCAGUACCGGAAACGGUACGGCCAAUAAUGGCAACGUUGCCGGGACCGCCGGUGCUGCUAAUAACCCGCAGUUUAUUGUUCCGGUAGACGAAGCCACACUACUGGGCACCGCAGCGGCCAAUGGAACGCACCAGCGGGAAUCACCGCAAACCAUGACGGAUGUGACCUCCUAUCUUCAAUCCCAUCAGCCAUCGCAUCAUUCGAAUUCGACCACACCAACGCCGGAUAUGGAUCCAACACCGAAUCUCAGUCACGCGACGCGUGUAUCGCCAGCAACGGUUGCCUGGUUGGUAGAAAACUACGAAAACGCCGAGGGAGUUAGCCUUCCGAGGUCCACGCUGUACAACCACUAUAUGCGCCAUUGCAACGAAAAUAAGUUGGACGCGGUCAAUGCUGCUAGCUUCGGAAAGCUGAUCCGAUCAGUCUUCACUGGUUUGCGAACGCGCCGCUUGGGAACGCGGGGUAACAGCAAGUACCACUACUACGGUAUUAGAAUCAAACCCGGAUCGGCCUUGAACAACACAAUGGAUGAUGGCAAGCAACUUAAUUCUAGUCAUAUUAAUAAUAAUAACAACAGCCACAGUCAUCAUAACCAUAAUGCCAUCGGACCCAACGGUGGUGGCGGUGGUGAAGGUAUGACUGGUGGACAUGCCAUUAAUCAUCGUGGCUCGAAAAAGAGCAUUUUGAAAAAUGAAAUUCCAGAAUCGUGUGCGCAGUAUCUGGGUGAUGCCAGCGGUGCCAUUCCACAAUUUCCAGUGAUCGACAUGAGCCACCCAUUUCCAGAGGAAAUAACUCUGGAAGAUGUAGAUACACUGCGAUCUAUUUAUCGCGAACAUUGCGAAGCUUUUCUUGAUGCUAUUCUGGGUCUGGAUUUUAACACGAUUGAAUCGCUAUGGCGUGAGUUUUGGCGGGCCGAAAACAACAACAAUGGUGAUGAAUGCGAAGAGGAAAAAUAUCUCAGCAAAUCGAAACUGUACGUGCUUACACAGUGCGAGGCGAUUCAGAAUUUCAUUAAACAGGUCGAUUUCAUGUUCUACCAAAACAUGGUCGAAGUGCUCAUACCGGAUGUACUUCGCCCAAUCCCAACUGGCCUAACACAAGCUAUACGGAACUUUGCCAAAAAUCUGGAGAACUGGUUGUCGUCAGCAAUGAGUGGCUGUCCGGAACAAAUCGUUACCAUCAAGCUGUCAGCGGUAGCCGCUUUUGGGCAAACACUUCGACGUUAUACUUCCUUGAACCAUCUGGCACAGGCGGCACGGGCCGUUCUGCAGAACAGUACUCAGAUUGCUCAGAUGCUGAACGACCUAAAUCGGGUCGAUUUCCGUAAUGUGCAGGAGCAGGCCUCCUGGAUUUGCCAAUGUGAUACGGCAACCGUUCAGCGCCUGGAGAACGACUUCAAGGCUGCUCUCCAGCAGCAGAAUACUCUCGAACAGUGGGCUGGCUGGUUGCGAGCUGUAGUAGACGAUGCACUAGAAGAGUACCGGGGAAAGCCAUCGUUUGUGAAUGCUGCCCGGCAGUUUCUGCUCAAAUGGAGCUUCUAUAGUUCGAUGGUUAUCCGGGAUCUAACGCUUCGCUCGGCCGGUAGUUUCGGUAGUUUUCACCUGAUCCGGCUGCUCUACGAUGAGUACAUGUUCUUUAUCAUAGAACACAAGGUUGCAGAGGCAACCCAAACUACUCCGAUUGCCGUUAUGGGUGAGAAGGAUCAUGCCCGCCAUCAGCACGCGCAUUCGGUCCAGCAGCAUUCCAGCCAACCGCAAGCAGAGGACUUAACCAGCAUGUUAUACACAUCCGACUUUGAGGUGGUCAAUGUCAAGAUGGAACCAAGCGCUAAACGUAUGCGCAGUUAGUCAAUUUUCUCCUACCAUUAUGAUACUGCUAGCAUCCAGCAGUACCGUUGGUCACAACAACAAUUACAACAACAACACCAACAGCAGCAGCAGCUACUGCAACAAGAACAGUUCCGGCAGCAGCAGCAACAUGUGUCGAUUUCGACCUCAAACAGCCAGACAAACACUUGGUACUUGACACCGUCGUCCUCAUCUUCUCCAGUUUCGAACUAUAGCAGUGGCAGUGGCGGAGGGAGUACAGAGCAGGAAUUAGGUGGCACGAUGGGACCGUUCGCCGGUAAACAAUGAAUCAUCGGGCGAUAGUCUGGCAAUUACUGUUUGUCUAGUGUGGUUCGUUAGGUUAAUUUGAUUUUUUUUCAGGUUUUUAUUUACCGUUUUAUGUUAUUAGUUUGCGAAAAAUUUCAAUCACCACACAGGUCGAUUUAUUUAUUUUGUUUUUAUGCGCUUAAUUGUAAAUAGCUUAAUCGUCGGAAGCAAGAGAUUUUAUUUAUUUAGGUACUUCGCAACCACGCGCAUGUGCUCAACAGAAACAGAAGAGAAUACUAUUCCUAGAAUUUAACGAAACUAAAACAAAGUCUAUUUUCAACGUUUCAAUCUACUUUUAAUACUAAAAAUCUACAAACAAACUUGAACUUUUCGUGAGAUCUUGUAAAUUUGGAUGAAUCCAAAAGAAUUUCUACUUAAACAUAAGUUAUGCUAUGCUAAUAAUCAAAAAACAACAAAUUGUAAUCCUAACUCUAGAUAAAUCGAGUCAUUUUUAAUUGCAAAUGUUCCAAAAUCCGUUUACCACCAGCUGGGAUUUGCAACCUGAAACAGAACAAUGAUGUAACAAACAACUGGUCGAAAUUUUUGGUAGCUUGUAUAACAGUUAAUCGAAAUCGCGACAGACCACACGGAGAGAUUAUUUUUAUGAGAUAAAUUUGUCUAAUCACAACAAUUAGCAACUUGGCCGUUUUUGGGCACGAUGCUUCGAACAGUUAGGACACAUACUGAACACAGUGAAAAGAAAAUUGUGUGUUUAACUUGAAUACAUUCGUAAUUAUAAGAAAUAGAUAAGCUGGACGGUGUUUUUUCGAAAAGAAAUAUUUUUGAGUAAGCACUGGGCACAAAGAGUGGAAUAAGCAGAACCAUUCCAAAAAUCAUAUUUUGGAACAAUACAUGAGACUCAUGUUACACGAGCAACAACAGCGUAAAAAUUGGCUUUGCAAUGUUAUAGUAAUUUGCUUCGAAUCCCUUGUUUUGCAACCUACCUCAAAAAUGUUCUUUCGAAGAAACAUCGUAGCAACAUAGAAGGCAAGCAUCUAAACCAAAAAUUAAAAGAGGUAAACACAGAGUUGUUUGGAAAAAAAAAUCUAUUGUACCAAGUUAGAGUAUUAAAAAAGAGUGACAAACGAAAACAGCUAAAUGUAUGUGCCUGUGGAAUGAACAAUUGAACAAAAUAAGAAACUUAUAAACUAGAACAGAAGUUACAAACGGUCUAAAUAGUAAAAUCGCGAUAACACUAUCGCACCGAACGUAAAACACGCUGUGAAAUGCGUGGAACAGUUCAACGAAAGCAGUUAAAUCAGCCGGAUAAACUAGUCCUAUUAGUCAAAGAAAACACUUCUAUGCAAACUGCUGUAACGUGUUGAAAACGAUAUAAAAUUACAUUCCUCAACGAAAUGCCACUAUAAGCACCAUCUGUGACGCAACUAAAAAUUUAGCAGUCACCAUUUUUUGUCAUUUUAUUAUAGUUUACGAUAGAAAAUACACACAGAACACACAAACGCAUCCAUUAGGCAACGGGCUUUGUUGAAACGCGCACAAUAGCUCACUACACAGAUCAAGGAGAAAAAAAAACAUUUGUAGAUGUUACUCCGAUGCAUACUAAAAAUGUAUCGGAUUGGAAUUGUGAUUUGAUAGAAAACGCGACAAGUUUAUACAUAUAUAUUUUAUAACAAUCGACUUGGUGUUUGGCGCGCUUUCAACUAUUACCGAUAGACGAGCACGAAAAUUUGUGCAUGUAGUUUUUACUCUGGGUGUAUUAAAUAUCGCAGCAAAUGAAGCGUUGAGCAUUCCAACGCUUCAAAACAACAGCGAGAAAACUUGACGGUUUACAUACCGGUUCUAGCAGAUAAGUGUGACUACUUUCGAAAUAUGAAAGCAACAAAUAGAGUGAGUUGAAGUAAAACUAAUA